AUGCUAACCCGUGUUACUUCUCGUUCAUUCUUCUCUUCACGUUUCACUCUGCAACAUAUGGCUUCGAACCCAUCAAGAAGUUUUCUGUGCCUUUUCUCCUCUCGUUCUUCACCCACCACAACCACAAACUUAGACUCAAGAUUGGCUCUGGUUGAUUGCCUUAGAAAUACCUACAAACUCACCAAAGUACAAGCUCUCUCCAUAUCUGAUUGCUUCCCAUCAGUUAAGUCCACUGAUAAGCCACAUUCAGUUCAUAAACUUUUUCUGGAGUACGGUUUGUCGGACACUCAUAUAAGGUCUGCAGUCCUCGGGUGUCCUCAAACAUUGUUUGCUGAUGCUGACAAGACACUCAGAGGAAAGCUUGAGGCUUUGGUGCAGUUGGGAAUGAAGGGUGAUGAUUUAGGCAAAUUUCUUUCCAAGAACCCAACAGUAUUAGCACGUAGUCUGGAGAAUAAGUUGAAGCCGGGUAUUGAACUUCUUAAGGACAUUUUGGGAGAUGAUGCUAACAGCAAAGAUUUUAUGCGUAUUCUCAAAUGCAGAUGGAUUUUGUGGGCAGACCAUCAAAGGUUAUUGGCCAACCGUACCUUUCUAAAGAGUUGUGGGCUUGUUGGUACUCAGCUCGCUUUCGUUUUGAAGAUGGAGCCUCGUAUUUGCCUUAUGCAUGAAUCUGAACUUAGAGAUCUUGUUUCCAGGGUCUUAGAUAUGGGAGUUCCACUAGCUUCUAACAUGUUCCCCCACGCACUCCACGCAAUUGGUGGUUUGAGAAAAGAGACAGUUACAGAAAAGUUAGAACUGCUUGGAAGUCUUGGCUUUUCAGAGGGCGAAUCCUUGGAGAUGUUUAGAAGAGCACCUCUUGUGUUAAGAACUUCAGAGGAAAAAUUGAGAUUUGGAGUCGAUUUCUAUUUGAAUACAGCUAAGUUUAAAAGGUCAGUGUUGAUUCGAUCGCCAUGGUUGUUGAUGUCUAGCAUGGAGAAACGAGUGAUUCCUCGGUACAAGGUUUUACAAGUUUUGAAGUUGAAAAGGCUGUUAGUGAAGGAGCCUAGUUUUUACACUAUGCUGCAGAAAACAGAGGGCCAGUUCUUGCUGAACUUUAUAUCGAAGUUUCAAAAUUAUGCAGAUGAACUCUUGGUAGUUUACAAGGGUCAUAAGUCAGGCUCCAUUGGUAGUUUAAAAGAAGAAGAAUCUUAA